GUGUUACUGCCACGCUGACUGGUCGACAUGCGGAUGUGGUAUCUAUGCCUGUUCUUGAUAACGCCAGCCGUAUCCCUGUUUUCGCGGAACAACACCCUAUGUAGGCCCGAUCUCUGCAUGGACUCCGAGGUCCACGUGGGCUGCUUUGGCCGCAAGACAUUAGCCAGUUUGUGCAAGAAGGGCAACAUCAUUCUGCAUGUAAACGGCGGCUUGAAGUACGGCAUUCUUCACAGGAUCAACCUGCUGCGUAACUAUGUGGCCAGUGGAGCGGGCAACUUUUCGGUGGCCGCUCGCAUGCCGACCAUAUUAUGGGACUACAAUCUGCAGCGGCUGGCCGAUCGCCAGGUGCGCCAGUGCAACGAGUUGGGAAAGUACUGCGCCAACACUGCGGAAUAUCACUAUGUGGCCACCACCGAAAUUCGGAGCACGAUGGGGCGGAGAAACAGCUUGGAACAUCAGAUCUAUGACAGAAUGCUGCCGGAGCUGUUCUUGGAUGUCAUGGGUUGCCGGAUGGACGAAAACAAAAGAAUUUUGCCCAGUAAGGAGGGCUCCUGCGUGGGCCACUACGUACCCCUGAUUCAAGACCGUGGUGCCCGGAUGGGCUGCGGCAUCCGGCUAAAGACCAGGACAGAAACCAAGUCGAACGUGAUCCUGAUCUGCCACUUCUCGCGGGCCAACGUAAACAACCUUCAGCCGUACGAGGUGGGUCAGCAUCCUGGCGAGAAGUGCGUCACCGGAUCGAGCCAACUGUACCAGUUCCUGUGCAACGAGGAGGAGACCGUCGAUGCCAACAGCAUGGUGGUGCAAACCAAGAUGCCCCUUAGCGCCAAAAUGCAGAAGAGUAACACAUAAAGCUACACAGAUAAAAAAGAAGGAAAUAAAUUCAAUAUUCGCAUGUCAAAUAGAUAACUAUAUAAGUUAAUAAAGUCAAAAGAAUACG